GUUGCUUCGUAUACAUUUGAAAUCCUCGCUCGGUUAGGUUAGUAAAGCGUCAAGAGUUUUGUCAUUUUUUUUUAACCUAAAAUGCUUAAAAUGUAUUUUAUUUUGUGAUAAUGUUUUGUAAAACAAUGGUCUAAAUGCGUGUCUUUCAGAUAAAUUGUCCGAUACUAUUACUAUUUCAAAAUACUCGUUUUAACGGAAUACGGAAGUGACUGAACUCUCGCGAUGUCUCAGCCGCGGCCGUUUGAAGCGGCGAGCCAGAUUAAUGGCUACCAGCAGCUAGCUCUGAUCGCAACCGUUUCGUCUUGAUUGCGGAAAUAUUUUUUUUUCCUGGAAUACAAUGACUCGGGGAUUGACUGCUGCCCAGCCGUGACAUUUUUAACCUAUAGAACGAUGGGCAUUUUAAACGGGAGACUCAGUUGAGGUAACGUUAGGUCACGUCAUAGCCGAGGCACUGCCAACAGAAGAGGAUUCAUAUUCGCAACAGAGUCAGUUUCACAAGGAAUUAACGACAACAACGCCUACGAUGCGAUUGAAAACAUCGCUACUGAAGGAACCUAAACAUAGGGAACUCGUGAGCUGCAUUGGCUGGACCACGCCGGAUGAGUUGUAUUCCUGCAGUGAGGACCACCAGAUCCUCAGGUGGAACCUUCUGACCAGCGAGACCAGUCUGCUGGUCAAAUUGCCAGAGGACUUCUACCCCAUUGACUUGCAUUGGUUUCCCAAGACCAUCGGUGGCAAGAAGCAGACGCCGGCUGAGGUUUUUGUGCUAACCAGUACUGAUGGGAAGUUCCACCUUGUGUCCAAGACAGGCCGCAUUGAGAAGAGUAUUGAGGCACACAAAGGAGCGGUUUUAGCAGGCAGGUGGAACCAUGACGGGACUGCGCUCAUCACAGCUGGUGAAGACGGACAGAUCAAGAACUGGUCCAAAAGUGGCAUGCUGCGUUCGACACUAGCAAACCAAGGCUCUCCUGUGUAUUCUGUGGCCUGGGGCCCAGACUCCGAGAGGAUCCUCUAUACAUCAGGUCGACACCUGGUCAUUAAACCUCUGCAACUGAGCGCUAAAAUCAUACAGUGGAAGGCGCACGAUGGGGUCAUUCUGAAGGUGGACUGGAACUCAGUCAAUGACCUCAUACUUUCUGGAGGAGAGGACUGUAAAUAUAAGGUUUGGGACAGCUUUGGCCGCCUGCUUUACUCCUCGCUGUCACAUGACUACCCAGUCACCUCAUUGUCCUGGGCUCCAGAUGGAGAAGUGUUUGCCGUGGGCUCCUUCAACACACUGCGACUCUGUGACAAAACUGGAUGGUCCUACGCUUUGGAGAAACCAAACACUGGCAGCGUGUUCAGCCUGGCCUGGUCUGCUGAUGGCACCCAGGUGGCUGGGGCCUGCGGGAAUGGCCAUGUCAUCUUUGCAAAUGUGGUGGAGCAACACUGGGAGUGGAACAACUUUAUGAUCACCCUUACCAAGAGGAAAACCAUGCAGGUGAGGAAUGUGAUGAAUGAUGCUGUGGAUAUUUUGGAGUUCAGAGAUCGAGUCAUCAAAGCUUCACUGGCUUUUGGGCACCUCGUUGUCGCCACUUCCCUUCAGUGCUACAUCUACAACACACGGAACUGGAACACUCCCCUCAUAUUUGACCUGAAGGAGGGAACAGUCAGUCUCAUUCUGCAAGCGGAGAGACAUGCUCUUCUCGUGGACGGAGCAGGCUUGUAUAUAUUUUCCUAUGAGGGUCGACUCAUCUCCUCCCCUAAGUUUCCUGGUAUGAGGGCCGACAUCCUCAAUGCUCAGUGUGUGUCACUCAGUAAUGACACAGUCGCCAUCCGUGAUAAAAGUGAUGAAAAAGUCAUACUUCUUUUUGACGCCUUAACCGGCAAGCCUCUCGGUGACGGGAAAUCUUUGACUCACAAGCUAGAGGUUGUGGAGAUAGCUCUGGAUCAGUGCGGUCCCUCCACCGAAAGGAAGAUCGCUCUGAUCGACAAAAACCGCGACCUUUACCUCACUUGUGUGCGGUACCUCGGACGCGAGCCCAAAAUCUGCAAAAUCGGUAGCAUGAUUCACAGCAUGGCCUGGAACAAUGUGGCUAACAUCCUGUGUGGUGUUCAGGACAACCAACUCACUGUGUGGUACUACCCCAGUGCUGUCUUCAUCGACAAGGAGCUGUUUCCCAAAACUCUUUACACAAAGGAUGGCAGCGAGUUCAGCCAUGCACCCCACAUUCUGAGCUAUGUAGACACCAAGGUGCGGUUGCGCCAAAGAGACGGUUCCUUGCUGUACACCAGCGUGCCUCCAUACGCUGUACUCCUACACGAAUACAGCAGCUCGGCACACUGGGAGGAUGCGCUUCGCCUCUGCCGCUUUGCCAAGGAGCAGUCUUUGUGGGCAUGUCUGGCUGCCAUGGCGAUAGCCAACAAAGAGCUAACGACAGCGGAGAUGGCCUACGCUGCCAUUAGAGAGUUACCGCGGGUGCAUUACAUCAACUUUAUCAAGCAACAACCUUCCAAGGAGUCGUCUUUGGCCCACCUGUUGUUGUUCAGUGGACAAGUCCAGGAGGCUGAGGCCACUCUAUUACAAGCCGGACUUAUCUACCAGGCCAUACAAGUCAACAUUGAUCUGUUCAACUGGGAGAGGGCGCUGGAGCUGGCAGUCAAACACAAGACCCAUGUAGACACUGUGCUCGCCUAUAGGGGGAAGUUCUUGCAGACAUUUGGCAGGAAGGAGACCAAUAAGAGGUUUCUGCAGUACGCUCAAGGAGUUGAAGUGGAUUGGGAAAAAAUUCAAGCCAAGAUCGAGAUGGAGUUGUCCAAAGAGAGGGAGAAAGCUGCUAAUGCGUCUGUCAGGAGCAGCUUGGCCCAGCGGCGUUAAUGUCAAGAGGACCCUUCUGAUUCCCCUGUAAAUGCAAGAAUCCCAUUUUUUGUGAAAUGGUGCAAGCAAAAUGGCCAAGAGACCAAACACAAUGUAAAAAAAUUCCAAACAAACAAAAACAUUUCAGGUAUUCAAUAAUUAUUACUCAAAGUCUGAGCGAUAAUCUUCCCUAAGCUUCUUUUUGAAUUAAUUUUAUCCAACGUGAGGACAUUUGUACAGUUCAUUUGCACAGCAAAAAAAAAAUGUGGCGUUCCUCUCAUGUCAAAUAUAUCAAACUCACUAUUUAUCUUUAACAGCUUUUGUAAUCUGCCUGUAAGUAGUGUGUGUAAUGUGUUGAUGGUAUGAUGAUAGUAUUUCCAAUUUGUAUUCAAGAAAUGAUACAUUCUACAAGAAUAUAAAAAAGUGAACAAACAGAAGUGGCAGUCAGUCAGUUCUAACCUAUCCCAGUAUUAGAUGGUAUAGGCCAUCUUGCAAUUUGGGUGAAUUCCCUCAUUGGACUUUAUCACCCAAAAUGGCCGUUUCAAGCCAAAAUUCUCGACUUCCUGUGUAAUUUUUUGCAUGGGUCAUUAAGACUGUCCGUCCAUCCAAUUUCAUGUCAAUCUGUGAAAUGCCAGAGGCUUUUUUUUUUCUGUUGAGCAUGCUGAGUGUCCCAAAAAUGAUCAAUAAAAUAAUGAUACAGAAAAUACCAUGAAAAUAACAGCAGUAAACAACAUUUUUGUGGUUUUGAUUAGAAUAUCGACAUAAUGAUCUCCUCCAAUCGACAGCCCCUAAUUAAUGUCAUCCACUUAAUGAAAUAAAAGCUUCACCUCAAAUAGAUGCCUCCCUUUUCACUCCCCCCUGGGUAACCGUAAUUAAGUAUACCCAUAAGCGAAGACGCUGAUAGCUGCAUAUGUUGGUUUUUUUUUUUUUCAACUUUCCUUGCUACUAUUCUGUAGCACACAGUACCAGAGGAGAGAGUAGGUUUAUAAAUAUGGAUCUUUAGUCUUAAAACAAACCAAUGCACGACAACUGGAUAAUGAAAAAAAAAUCCAUUUCAUUUUCUCGCAAUAAAACAGACAAUAUUAUUUCA